AUGAUUCUUACUGGUUUCCUCUUUCUGCUCUUUCUCACAGACGGGGCGUUUCCCGAGUGUAACUGCAGUUAUCAGGAGGUGUUAAACCACCUGGAUCUGACCAAAAACAACGAGAUGUACUCCAUGACCCGGCCCGUUAAAAACUACAAACGCAGCACACGGGUCUCCCUGGAGGUUCUGCUCUACGCCAUUCUGGACGUGAACGAGAAGGAGCAGACAUUUAUUUCCUGCCUUUGGGUUGAUAUGAUAUGGAAACAUAAAUCCUUUUCUUGGGAUUCUAGGGAGUUCUGUGGUAUAAAGGACAUUCAUCUUCCUGCUAAAGACAUGUGGACGCCAGAUCUUACAAUUGAAGAGAUGACAGAGAAGGACAAGGCCCUGCCGAGUCCUUAUCUCUUGGUUAAAUAUAAUGGUGACAUCACCUAUAGGAACAUCAUGGUGGUGACCAGCACCUGCAUGAUGGAAGUUUACAAAUUUCCUUUUGAUGUUCAGAGUUGCAACUUGACUUUCAAGUCUAUCAUAUAUACUGACACAUAUAUAGAGCUUAGAGAGAUGAAUAACGCCGAUUGGACCAACAAGUGGGCUAAGGAGACAAUGCAGAAGGGGUCAGAGUGGCUGUUUGUCGACAUAAAGACCAACAUCAAAAAUAAAAACAAUUUUGGCUUUGAACAAAGCAUGUUGGUUUACACUAUCACCAUGAAGAGGCGGCCUGUCCUCUACGUCGCCAACUUUUUGCUGCCCAUCUUGUUCUUCUUUUUUCUGGACUUGGCCUCUUUCCUGAUCUCAGACAGUGGGGGCGAGAAGCUCAGCUUCAAGGUCACUGUGCUGCUCGCUGUAACUGUGAUGCAGCUUAUCCUAAAUGAGAUUCUGCCAACCACUUCAGACAGGGUUCCACUUGUUGCUGUCUACUGCAUUGGGAUGUUUGGUUUGAUGAUGAUCAGCCUCUUUGAGACUAUUUUGGUGAUGUAUCUGAUGGGGAAAGACAUCGAGGCAGAUGAAGACCAAAGACCAAAGAGUGAGGAUUGUGAAGAUAAAGGGAGCAAAGGCAGCAGCAGUGAACUGACGGAGGAGUCCGUUGCCUUGGAGAAGCUCUCAGAUGAGAUGAAGGAGGUGAUUCAGCUCCUUAACACCAGGGAGGAAGCAGGAAAGAUCGGCUACUGGACCAGAGUGGCUAAAACGAUCAACAAAGUGGAGGUGCCUCAAAUCACUCAGCGCCAACAGACCUUGAUGAUCUUCUGA